UCUUCUAACAGCUGCUUUAUAACUGACAGAAGAAGAAGCAAAACAACGUCACUUCCAGGAUGUGGCACAAUUAAACCGUAUGAACCUCUCUGUCCGUGACUUAAAGCUAAUUAGCGAGUGGAAUAGGAGGCCGUUUGACCGUGGAGGGAGAGUUUUCUGCUCAUAAGACCGGUAUGAGUGUUCGGUGCUAACGAGACUCUCGUUCACGUUAAAAUGAAGAAGAAGAGCUCGGAGAAGAAACGCCAUGUGGUGGCCUGGGUCAACAAGGCGGAGUGGGACCAGGUGCUGGAGUACCUGUACUCUAAAGACCCCGGACUGCAGAGGUACGCCCUGCAGCGGAUCUCCGCCUGGAAGGCCCGGUACGCGAACAGCACACCGGUGGCGGUGGAGUGCACCGGAGAUCUGGUCCGGUGUCAGGUGCUGGACCGGUCCGGACAGCUGGACGGGGAUGACCUGGUCCUGCUGUACGGGGCGGCCCUGGUCCGGUUCGUGAACCUGAUAACGGAGAGGCAGCAGGGGAAGACGGCCCGCCCUCUGAGGAGGCUGGCCGGGAACUUGAACAUCCCAGAGUGGGUGGUUGACCUGAGGCACAACUUCACCCACCGGAAACUACCAACCCUGAAGUGGUGCAGGAAGGGCUGCAAGGUGGUCCUGGACUGGCUCCAGCAGGAGUACUGGUCCAGGCAGCUGGGAGGGGGGGCCAAUGAGGACUGGGUGUGUCAGUCAGACGGAGAGGACGAAGACAUGGACCUGAAACGACGAGAAGAUGAGCUGAUAGCUCGUCAGAAAGAGAUGGAGGCGUACAAACAUGCUCGGGAGCUCCUCAUAUCGUAUGAAACGGAGCAGUUUCAGGCCUUAGAUGGACUCCAGGAGGACCUGAGGAGGAACAUGUGGCCUGCUCCGCUCGCUGACAUGAGCUGGAUCCUGGCUGAGGUCAAACAGUUCGCUUUGGAGUCUGCAGACCUGCUGAUCGACGUGCUGGUAGAGGAUGGGUUUUUAGUUCCUACAGCAGAGCAGCUGAGUACUUUAGGCUCCGAGUCCUCUGACAGUGACUGUCUCACUGAGCCCAGAAUCCCUCAGACCUUCCUGAGGUUCUGGCUGCCCCUCCUGAAGGUGCUGAACUCCCCUUCCUUCAUCCACCUCCUGCUGGAGAAGCUGUUUGUGGAACUGAAGCAGCUCAGCUCAGAGCAGAACAACAACAGAGCCUUCUACAUCUCAGCCUGGAUCUCAGAGGUCAUCCUCUGCAACAGCAACAAGUUUGAGUACCACUUUGAAACAAAGAUGCAGAAGAAGGCCCGAAUGAAGGACCGGAUCUUUGUGAACCGCAUCCACCUGAGGUGGCAACAGCUGCUCUCUGCAUGCCUGGAUGCUCCCUGCAGCAGCACGCCUUGCCUGCUGCAGCUGAUCCUGGACGACAUGGAGCAUCCUCUCCCUCUGGAAACUCGGCAGAGGCUGCGGCAGCUAUGUUCCAUCUACACGCAGACCGCUCACCCCGAGCCCGAUCGUCCUCCACAGCAGAAACAGCCCAUCUAUACUCUGGAGAGCCUGCAUGAGAAGCUGCAGCAUUCACGGCAUCAAGGCCGCUCCACAUCUGACUCCAGGAGGAGCGAGUCCUCACAGGAGCACAAGCUCUCAGACAUUCUCACUGAAAAAGCAAAGCUGCUCCGUGGUUCUCCCUGGCAGGUGUGCAUGGAUAAAGUCCUGUGGAAGAAUUUUCCUCUGGGCAAAGUGCCCGGACAGUCGGAUGACCCUUCGUGCCUCAUGGUGGAGAAUCACUCCAAGAUGACAGUGUUUGACCAGCCGGUGGAUCUGGAGAACAGCUCAGCUCAUGGCAUGCCCGGAGUCUCUGCACCUGUGAGGACAGCUGAAGGUCUGCUGUGGAGUCACAGCGAUGUGAACAAGCUGAAGUCUGGACUGCAGCUCUUCUGAGUCAUGAAGCUUUGAAAUAAAACUGCAGUGUGUUUUUGUUUCUGUGACAUAAUGAUCCAAACUCAUCCCUAAACAUGAACUGUAAAGUAUUCUCACCAUCUAUCUCUGAGGCUUUCAGAAUAAAAAUAAAAGUGACAGAUGUUUUUGGUUAUUUCUGCAGAUACAGUGAUUACUUUAACAGAGUUUGCUGCACGAUAAAAUCAGCUGUAAGAAGUAAACCAAUAAUUAUUUGAUUGAAACAUAAACAUUCAAUUGUCUGAGGACUAAAAUGAGAAUUUGCUGUUUAUUAUCACAAAGAUUUUCAACUCAGAGGCAUCUUUAUUUCUGCUGCAGUGACAAUACGGCAGCAGCUAUGUGCAUGUCAGUACUGUGACGCUUAAAUGGUUCAUGUGAGUCACCUGGCUGCUGCUUUUAUUCCAAGGAUUGAAGCUGAUUGUUUUUUAUCAUUAAGACUGAAAAAACCCUGAUGUGCCAUUUAGGAAUUACUGAUUACAGCUGACAAACAUUGCAUAACCAACAUUUUCUUGCUUGUUUCUGACAUUUUAAUGACUAUUGAAAAACAACAACAAACCAAUAAAUCAUUUAAAUUUGAAGAUACGUUUUACCUGCGCCUCUAAUUGAAGCCAUUAUGUUGCACAACACCAGGUGGCUAAAACAGAAAAUAAAACUUCAGUUCAUCAUCAUCACAUGCUGUGAAAUCUGUACUUUUUGUGGUCAGGACAGUUCAUGCUAACUGAGUGUUGAUUCAUUAUGUUGUGAGUUUGCAUCUCUUGACUCGUGUCAGUCAAAACCAUUUGUUAAAGAAUACUUUGAUCCCACAUGGUGGUUGUGUGUCACAUUUUCAAGCACUUACAUUCAAUAAAAGAUGUUUUCUA